AUGCGUGGACCAAGCCUCACCAACCCCGGCUUUACAGCGGACUACAACGAAAUCGCAGACCUCUUCGAGGCCGGCGAGCUUUACCCAGCCAUCAACAAAGCCAAAAACCUCAUCGAGAGCAAUGGCAGACCCUUGUACCAAGAGAUGCUCUCUUGGGUCAUACUAGCCCUUGCUCUGGACCACCUGGACGUCAUCAAGACCUCCAUGGACUGGACGCGCGAGAAUCUCGACAUGGUGUUUGAGGGUUGGUGGGCCGAGGUCUCGCGGCGCUGCCAGGACUUCGACAUUCACUAUUGGGGUAUGGUGCAACUCAUGGUCCAGACGACAUGGGCAGGCGCGACUUAG